AUUUAUACACAUGUGCAAACUUUGCCCAUGAACGACACUCCCCAAAACCAGUACGGCGCAACUCCAAAGAACACCAGCGACCUUUACCAACUCCGUUUGAAGACGCAAACCCCGUUCAGCCGUGGAUUUCUUUGAGAGCACAAGGAUCCUUCUCGGUCCGAAAAGUUUUCCCCCCCUCUGAGCUGGAACUCACUACAGAAAAUGUCUGCUUCGGUGCUGUCUUCCAUAUAUGAUUUCGACAGGGAAAAAGUCCCAAAUUCAAAUGCAAUCUUUCUGCAAAAUAUGCUGGAAAAGAGGAAUGUCGGGGUCCCAUUUGCUGCUUCCAAUACCAAUACCAAUACCAACAGCAACAGGUCUUUUGGUUAUUUCAGGAGUAACUCAACAAACCACAUGGACUUCAACAUGAGCAACAGGCUUCAGAUCGGUUUUGAGAGCUCAACCCCUGCCUUCAUGAAUAAAGAAAACAAGUACAGAGACCGUGCGUUCAGUGACUCAAGUGAACGCAGUCAACAACUUCAGGAAAUCCUUCAGCAAAAGCCCGGCUCUCAGAUCAACUCAACCCGCUACAAAACUGAACUUUGCAGACCUUUUGAGGAAAAUGGCUCAUGCAAGUAUGGAGAAAAGUGUCAGUUUGCUCACGGCUAUCACGAAUUGAGAAACCUGUCCCGCCACCCGAAGUACAAGACUGAGCCGUGUCGCACAUUCCACACUAUCGGUUUCUGCCCGUACGGCCCCCGCUGCCACUUCAUUCACAAUGCAGAUGAGCGCAGAGCUGCUUCGAGUAACACUCAAGCGAGGCUCAGUGGUGUCCUGGGAGAGAAGGAGUCAUCAAACCCAUUCCUGAGACAGCGGGAAAGACCGAAGCUGCAUCACAGCCUGAGCUUUUCCGGCUUCUCCAGCUCCUGCAUCAACGAGUCUGUGUUGAUUGACAACCCAACAUCCCGCACACCCCCACCGCCCACCUGUGCACUCACUCCCAGUUCACCCUGUCUGAACGCGUUCACUUUCCCAGAUCAGGAUCUUAAGGCUUUUCUUGCCCCCAUCAUCCCUCAGACCCAACGCGCUUUUACCCAUCAGACCAGCGGUGGCUUGUACGGUAACAUUCAGACCAACACUUGCCCCCCGUCGCCACCUUUCAAAAUGAGCCACUUGCCCUCCAUGCGUCCACUCUCCGAGUCUCCAGUGUUCGAUUCUCCACCGAGCCCGCCGGAUUCCCUCUCAGAUCCUGAGGGGUACCUGAGCGGCUCUUGCUCUUCCUCCGGCACAAUCAGUGGGUCGGAGUCGCCCAGUAUGGACGCCAAUAGACGUUUGCCAAUCUUCAGCAGGCUGUCGAUUUCAGACGAUUGACUUGCUAUUAUUGUUAUAGCCUUUUAUGAAAAGUAGUGCCAACAUGAGUUUCAGGUCAAAUAUCAGUCUCAGCUGUUGGUUUUCUCAUGAUUUUGUCAUGAUUGAGAUGCGAUUUAUGUAUUUCUUUUCUCGUUUGUUUUUCCUUACAA